GCAUCUUUAAGGUCGAGCCCAUUGUAUGUGAAACUAGUGUCGGUGGUUAGAAAGUAGGUUGAUAAAAACUGAAAGCGACGUUUGUUUCCGCGCUUUUGUCUCUAUUAGGUCUGUUUUUUGUUCCUGGAGACGAGAAAGACGUUUUACGCACAGGUGGGAGAUGGCCGCCCGGCAUAGGACAGCCCCCCUUUUCUGCUCCUCAGCUCAUGAUUUGAGGAAGUGACAUUUAUCACCGCUGCGGUUCGGGACAGCGCUGCUCCGCUGCAAACAGGUGUGCUGCUGUCCGGGUCACUUGAGCCGAGGAACCACCGCUUCCCAGAAGCCGAAUCGAGUACGUGGGACGGCUGGGAGUCGAAGGAGGAGGAAGCCGCUCAAGUGUGCUCUUUAUUAGCCCGGGCUUUGGAUCCAGACGGGAGGAGAGAGAGAAGGGGAGGCGAGGGUGAGCAAUGGCAACGAAGAAGGCGUGCGUGGAUGCGCCCAAGAGGAGCCGGAGUCCGGUCGUGUUGGAGGCGGAGAUGUUCAGUGAAUUUCAGGACUGGUGUCUCCGCACUUAUGGAGACUCUGGCAAAACAAAGACAGUCACCCGGCGAAAAUAUAACAAAAUCAUGCAGACGUUGUUGCAAAACGACGAGUCGGACGGCGUGUAUGUGGACAACAGCCACAUUAACGCCAAAUUCAAAUUCUGGGUGAAGUCCAAAGGAUUUCAGGUGGGAACCAACGUUUUGGGAGAGCACAACAAGAAAGGAGCUCCAGGGAAGCCCGUUCUAUAUGUCCCGGUGAAGUCAACGUGUUCAGAUGGCCAUUCAGCCCAGGACAACUCCUCUUUGAAGCGUGUGGCUGUAGUAGAAGACUUCUUUGACAUCAUCUAUGCCAUGCAUGUGGAGAUCGGUGCUGACCCUGGCAGGGCACCAAAACAUGCCGGCCAAAAGAAGACCUACAAAGCGAUAGCAGAGACCUAUGCCUUCCUGCCUAGAGAGGCGGUGACUCGGUUCCUAAUGAGCUGUGGAGAGUGUCAGAAGAGGAUGCACAUCAACCCCAGCACUGCAGAGUUCAAAGAAAAUGAUAGACCAACCUCUCUGGUCCCUGACCUCAUUGAUUACAACAUGCCCCUUACUGCCACCUACCUGAAGCAAAUGAAACUGCAGUGCAUGACAGCCACGGAGAGGGAUGACAGCUCGGUAAGUAGCGAGGACAUGAACGGUGCUGAGCCUGCAUGGGUCGCAGCUGAGCAGCCGCCAGUGCCUGAGCCCAGUCUGCCAAAUGGAGAGAGGCUCAGCGACCCAGCAGCCACCAUUAAAGAAGAGGACGCAGACGACGACUCCUCACAGGGCAGCAGCGCCAACGGCAUGCCGGCCCUGACCUCGUCAGAGGUGCAGCCUGUGGGCGGGAACCCACCAGAGGGCAGCGCCCUGUACGGGGAUGUGACCGAGAACGGGUUGAGUGCUCCCCUGGACUUCAGCACCACCCUGUCGUCAUCCUCCCCAGAUGACCAGCAGCCGGUCAACCUAAGUGACAGACUGCUGCCAGCAGGGUGUUCACCGCAAAAUUCGUAUCCAGCAGACCCAAACAGGAAGUACCCCAUCAAAACCGAGUACUCCAACAAGUCCCCUCCGUACAGCUCAGGAAGCUACGACUCUGUGAAGACUGAACUGAGCAUGUGUGCAGAGGACUUGACCUCCGGCCGUGCACAGAUAGUGGAUGAUGAUGACGACGAUCACGAUGACCAUGAUGACGCCGAUAAGAUCAAUGACGCAGAGGGAAUGGACCCAGAGAGACUUAAAGCCUUUAAUCGCUUCCAUUUUCACCGCCUGUGUGUGUGUGUGUGCACAACCUCCCCCCUCCCUCUUAUUCCUAUCCUUCCACUGUCGCCGUAUGCUCCCCAUCCCCUUCCUGCCUUUCCUCUCUUUUGUUUUCAACUCUCGCACCCCUCUCUUACUGCCGCCGCCCCCCGUCAUUUUUCUGCUCUACAUCCUCUCCCUCCCCUCCCCCUCUCUCCGUCUCUCUCUCUCUCUCAGAUGUUUGUGCGUCUGUUUGUGGAUGAGAAUCUGGACCGCAUGGUACCCAUCUCCAAACAGCCCAAGGAGAAGAUCCAGGCCAUCAUGGAGUCCUGCAGUCGCCAGUUCCCUGAGUUCCAGGAGCGCUCCCGCAAGCGCAUUCGCACCUACCUCAAAUCUUGUCGCCGCAUGAAAAAAAGUGGUUUUGAGAUACGACCAACACCUCCUCACCUCACCUCUGCCAUGGCUGAGAACAUCCUUGCUGCUGCAUGCGAGAGCGAAACCCGAAACGCCGCCAAGAGGAUGCGGCUCGAUGUCUACCCAACGGACGAGCCUAUCUCUGUUGACAAGCCCAGCACCAGGGAUCCUGCAUCUGUGGCCCCAUCAGGCUUCGCCAUUUCCAGCACAGCUUUUGUCCAAGACCAGCUCUAUACCAACGGAGGCCUCAACUACAACCUGCGGGGAUAUGGCACAGCCAGCAGCAACCAGCAGAACGCUGCUGCAGCGGCCCAAACCAAUGGUCCCACAGACCUGAGUAUGAAGUCCGUCGCUCCAAACUCCUCCUCCUCCAGCUCCAACAGUCAUGGUCAGGGAGGCGGCGGGGGUGGCGCGUCGGCCCAGCUCAGUCCUCCAGAGGUCACGGCAGUGAGGCAGCUCAUCGCUGGUUACCGGGAGUCUGCGGCCUUCCUGCUUCGCUCGGCAGAUGAGCUGGAGAACCUGAUCCUGCAGCAGAACUGAGCUUGAGCCGACCCACAACGCAGCCUGUCCGUCUACAUAUGUACAUAUGUCACGCUGACAUGCAAUUCUUGGACAGACACAAACAGACAAGAGUGGUUCUGCCAAGCACAGCAGGUCCCGUAAGGUACCUUUACUCAUCCCACACAAUUAUUUAUGCAUUUGGUUCCCUUUGACCUCAGUGCUUUGUCUCGCUUUCACCACCGCAACCCCCAUUUGUCUCAGGAAGUGAUAAUCUGUAUGGAAAACUAAUCUGAUUGUCCAUCUAGUGGAGUAUUGCAAGAAUUCAGUUAGCAUUGUUGUGCAAAGGUUUGCCAUCUUUGAGUUGUCACACACAUGUAAGAUAUCCUGUACAGUGACAUGAUUUGAUUGGGUGAUCUACUCCACAUUGGUACUACAUUUCUCAAUGUUUCCAAAAAUAAUGACUUAGCUUCACUGCUAAAUUGCCUGCCAUGCAUGCAAAAUGCAUAGGGAAGAAAAACUAGACUUUUUGGACCAUUUUAGUAGUCUCACCAAGCUGUGUGGUCAAAAUAUUACCUCGUUGUCUGAGACUAAGACUCAUGUCUGGCUGGGUAAUGACAAGGAAGCCGGAGCAUGAGCUGAUAUGAGGUCACAAAAACCUGUCAGGGAAAAAAAAAAGAGAUUAAUAUAUUAUUUAAUGUCAGCAGAUGAAGGUGCAAUAUUGAUGAUAAUCAGUAACGGUGUACUUUUAGAGGCAAAAAGGGGGAGUAUUUCACCGCAAUCCUCUCCUGUUCUAACUGUUAAAAGACGUGAUAAUCCCAUGCAGCAUUGUAGCCAAUUCCAUUGUUGUCUUGUUGUGAAUACUGAUGUUUAUCAUUAAUCAUUAUCAUUAAUUAUGCUCAUACAGAUCUACAGGGACAAAAAAGGUGACAUGACCUAGACUACUUGUUGCACAAUUUGUUUUUUGUGAAGGAAUUGAUCGGUGAGUUUUCUCAUGCACAGCCAUUUACAGAUUGAUUACUUUUUGUUGAGGCGACGGUCAACAUCCGCAAGGCUUUACCGGAUGUUGUGAGUGUGUGCCUCGCUCACUCAGAUACUCUUUCCACCCCCCACACCACGGUCGAUGUUUGAAAACUCGCAAGAGACAAUCUUUGACAAAGAUGUAACUACAUCACAGUUUACGCGCCCUGCUGUCUGUCUGUGCUGUAUGUGUGUGUGUGUGUGUGUGUGUGUGUGUGUGUGUGUGUGUGUGUGUAUUUGGGGGUCUGAUGGCACACAGAGUGCUCAAACCAGAUGGAGAACACAGUCUCACACUUUUGACGGUGAGUCACUCAGCACAAACAUGGUUGUCAAGUGUGUUGAUGUGGAUUUUUUUUUAAUUUGUAUUUUUAUUAAGUAUGAUUUUGCUUUGGCUUAAAGUGUUGUUGUGCAGAGUUUGUGUAAAAAAGUGAAGUGGCCCAUUUUGUACAAAAAUCUGUGAAGAUUGAAUUCAGUCGCUCAGCACAUUCCAAACAAGGACAGUGAUUCUCCUAGCGGCCGCCUGGGCUUGCACAUGACAAAGUUUAGAGAGAUAUAGUUCUUUAUUUAUCUAUCAUCAAAUCUAUCAUCAAACACGUCAUUACCACGCCAGCAUCCCAACUGCAUUUCAAGUGUAAUCCCGAUGAACUAUUGCAAGUUUGGAAGCACUUUAUAGCUCAGGAUUAAGGAAACAUAAACACAGUGAUAAGUGAGUGUGUCUUUACUUCCAAGUCAUGGUCACGAGUCAAGUCACAAGCAGCUUUACAGCUCCUCAGCAGGGCGGCCUGCCAACUCACGCGUGUGCCACAUAUCUAACGUAACCCUGAUGUGCGUAGGAGUCUUCCUCAUCUCCUCUAUUUGUUUUUUGUUGUAACUUUUGCCAUGACGCUCACACUCACAGACGCUCUCACCCCAGCGUUUGCUUGGUUUGUAAAGUGGAUGCUGAACAACGUUGUGUGCUAGAGUUUGUGUGAUCAACAGCCAUUUUGUUGUUGUUUGUUUAUUUUUUUUUUUUUAAUAACGAUGCCCAAUGGAUCUUCUCUUUGUAUUGACUGGACAAUGUAAUAAUCUAUUGGUGUUGAUGAAAAUGCCCUGGUAGCUUGUGGAUUGCCAACGUGGUCAGAUAAGUGUACUGUAUAGCUGUACAAAGAGUGAUAAAAGAUGUUUUGAAUUGUUCUUUUUCUGUGGGUACGGCACUGUUUUAAAAAAAAAUCGAAGUGGUUUAUGCCCUUGCCUGUUUUAACUUAUCAUUUGGUGGUGGUCUGUAAUGCUAUUGUUAUUUAUAUGAUUUCAUGGUUGCCUCUCCUGCACUGAUAAGACUGUAGCUCUGUGCAUGGGGGGUGUACUGUACACCUGUGUGAAGCUUCGUAUCCUCCCUCCCUCCAGUUUUGGACUCAGUGAAAGUGUGAUGUUUACAUGUACAGUUUUUCAGAAUAUGUUUCUUUUACGUUUUAUGUUAAAGAGUUUUUCCCACUCACCCGUUCCCAUAAAUUGCAAACACGCACCAA